AUGUGUGACUACUUCGUUGAAGACUCAAAGUUCGACGAACCCAUUUUUCGUCAUCGUUUUCGCAUGAGCAAGGGGUUGUUUUUGAAGAUUGUUGGUGAUAUUAAAACUAGAUUUAGUUACUUUCAAGAGGGGUACGACGCAUGGGGUACUAUUCAAAAGUGCACAUUGGCGAUCAAGCAACUGUCUACGGGUGAACCUUCAGAUGCGUAUGACGAGUAUUUAUGUAUGGCUGCCCGAAUGGGACGCGAGAGCAUGGAAUACUUUUGUGAUGUGGUCAUCAAUUUAUAUCAAAAGGAGUUCUUACGUAGGCCGACAUCUCAUUACAUUGCUCUCAUGACAAAAGCUCAUGAAGAAAGACACCACAUUCCAGGAAUGCUUGGUAGUCUUGAUUGUACAUACAUCGAAUGGAGGAUGUGCCCUAAAUACUUAAAAGGGCAAUACAUGAUGGGUGAUCACAAUGUACCUACUAUUAUGAUUGAAUGUGUUGCUUCGUAUGACUUGUGGAUUUGGCAUUCAUUUUUCGGUCCUGCUGGAUCGAACAACGAUGCCAACGUUUUGCAGUAG